AUAUAUAUAUAUAUGAUAUGUGUUUUGUGCCUUACAAGUUCCGUUUGGUAUUUACCCAAAUCCUCAAGCUAGCAAUGGCCCUGGACAGGGCCACAUUCGAAGCCCUAGUCCCAUCUCGAUUCAUCACGUUCACCUUCCCAAACCCCAUCUCCGGCCAACUCCUCCGAGUCGCCGUCCUCGACUCACCCACUCCCGCCACCGAUUCUCCCCGAGUAGCCGCCAUGCUUGUUCCCCACCACCGCGAACACGACUGGAUCUUCUCCACCCUCGAUGGCCACCUCCAGCUUCUCCUCUCCUCCCCAUCCAUUUCUCGCCUCAUCCUCGCUGGAGACCUCCCAGCCGCCGACCACUGCUCUCCGGUCAUCUACAACCGUUCGGUCAACGCUGAUACGGAGUCGUAUCUUGUGAAGCUCCAGGGGAACCUCAUGCCUCUUUUGCUUGCGUUGUCGCCAAAAUCAUUUGCCGAAAACGGUUCACUCGAGAUCCCCUUUUUGAGCUACGAUGAUAAUGUGAUUGGCAGUGUGAUAGUGGAGAAAUGCGUGGGCUCUUGUGUGGGUGAAAUGCUUGUUGAAGAUGUGGAGAUUGAGAGUACUGAGUCGAAACGGGAGUUCCGGAGGAGGUUGAGGUUUAAGCGAAUGCCAAAUUUGAUUCAAACUGAGGUCUCUAUCGUUCCGGCUGUGGGUUCGGGGGGCAUUGGAGAAGUGGAGUUUAGACUUGAUUUAGGAGUUCUGGUUCAUCCAUACUUGGCUCCAAUGGCGGCGAGUCUUUGUUUGAUUUGUUCUUAUAUUGAAGAGCGGAUUAGAACUGGGUUUACGCCGAAAGCUUUGUGUGUUGGAGUUGGAGGUGGGGCUUUGCUUAGUUUCUUACAGACCCAAUUGGGGUUUGAGGUUUUUGGUGUGGAGGCGGAUGAAAUUGUCUUGAGUGUUGCGGAGCGGUAUUUUGGAUUAGAAGUUGGUGAAACUAUUCGAGUUUUUGUGGGAGAUGGGAUUGAAGUUAUCGAGAAAAUAGGCUGUCGAGUCAUGGAACGGAAUUUGGGUUCUUUUGGUGUUCAUGAGGUCGAAAACCCUUGUUUCAUGAAUGAUAUUAAUCAAUGUGGUACUAAAUUUGAUGUUAUUAUGGUUGAUUUGGAUUCAAGUGAUGUAUGUAAUGGUGUGAGUGCACCGCCAUUGGACUUUGUUCAAAGGUCCGUUCUUUUGUCAGCUAGAUCGGCUCUUUGUAAGCUCGGGAUCUUUGUUAUCAAUGUUAUACCCCCGAACAGAUCAUUCCAUGAAAUGUUGAUACAUGAAUUUCGAGAGGUUUUCCAUGAGUUGUAUGAAAUAGAUGUUGGAAAUGGAGAGAAUUAUGUUCUUAUUGCAACAGUGUCACCUAUUGACUCCACUUUAAGUGGCAGUGAGAAUGCCUUUCUGGUGAAGUUGAAACGGUCUAUUUCAGGAGCAUACAUGGAUUCCAUAAGGAAAAUUUGAGGUCAAUAACUAACAAAAGUUGAGGAAGGUACACUUUGAAAAAGUUUCCAAGAAUCAAAAGAAAUCUCCAAAGGAUGACCCAAGGAUCUGUUCUCCUGUAACAGGAACCGAUUUGAAUAAAAAUGAAGCAUAGUUAAAUAUUUUAUGUUAUCCCCUUAAAAGGUUUGCCUGACUUAUGAACAAUCUUCCCCAAAUACUCUUUGCAGAAGGUGUUCAUGUUUUCAAAUACAUUUUGGAGAUGGUGUUCAGGGUCAAGCAGGGCAAGCUCCAAAGGAUAGGUCUGAAAUUUAUGCUCCUUAAUGGGGAUCUAAUUUGAAUGAACAGAAGUGCAAUCUACAAGGUUUAAAAUUUCUAUGCUCUGCAUGUUUGCAGUUCUUAGAUACUGAGCCAGUAAGGUGAUUAUAUGAGCAUAACCAUGAGAGGCCUGAUGUAAGUGCAGAUGGGAACAAUUGGUGAAGAACAAUACCAUCAUUCCUAAGACCUCCACCAACAUCUCACCAGUCACCACCACUUCCAUCACCUUCAUUGGAGAAGCAGGUGUUCCCUUUCCUCACUGCAAUUCUUGAAGCCUUGCUACCACAUGGCUGAAGAACUUCAAAGUUGGUGCCACUGUUACUAUCACCCUUUUCUCUGCAUCCGAUGGAGAAAUCUAGAGACUUCAAAGGCAGUUGCUGCACCACAAUUCAUGACCUAAAUGAAGGAAACUUGGUUCCCAUUCGCCCAUCUUCAUGUGCUGAAUCCAUGAAGUUGUGAGGGUGUGGGAGAGGGGAGGUGUUUUCAGAACUAGGUGCUGCUCGGAUACAAUGAUGCUGCAAUUGGCAAUACUGGGAACAAUGAUAUCUCUAUUUGCAACACUGGGGAUAAUAAUGUGAGGGUUUUGAAGCCAUAAUAAUCUUCCAAAGCUCUUGUGGUUCAAUUCAAUAUAUUCUUAUGCCUACAUUUCAUGUGUUGGAAUUGGUAACAGAUGAAAGUUCUUAAUAUAAUAUCCAAGUGAUAACACUGCAACUGCACCACCUCAUCAAACACCCCACAACAGAUAAAUUAUCCCAUGCCCCUAAGUUGAGCACAAAGGCUGACAUUAUUUCAAUCCCCCAAUACCAAUGGCUUCAAGUGAUUAUUAUCUCUGGUUUCCUUAUAGAGAAUAUUUUAAGGAUUAAAAAAGAUUACUUAUUCCAAUUGACUUAAUUGGAACUUGAUAGUGAAGUUUGACCAAACUGAUGAUUAAUUCUAUGUCAAACUAGUGGGGAAGGUCAUGAAGCAUCAUGACAAAACAGGAUUGUUGAUUAUGGCAUUGUCUACCAGUGGUAUCACUGUCUAGAUUGAGUAAUAAGCAGUCAUAAGAACUUUGAGACAACAUGAUGUGCAUAGCGCUAAAGUACAUGGUCCCCAUUUACACUGGUUUCAAUUAUUCAAGGUGGAUACUGCUGCUAGUCAAUGAGUCUUUCCUCUCUCGACCAAGAGGUAAAAAAGCUCCACCUGAAAUGACCUUUUCUGCAGCAUUGAAAGUUUGGAAUGAUCAUCCAAAGUAGCAUUUGCUGCUCUCCAGAAUCCAGUAAUGAAAAGUUAAAAUGACCUAUAAUUCAUUGUUAGGUGAACAAAAGACUGAUAAAUGGCCGCAACUAACCAAUCUUGAUCUUGCAUUUUGUGCAGAAAUCUCAUGACACUAUCCUUGUUGGAGAUCAAAGUGGUAUUAACCGACGCCCAAGUUUCCUUUGAGCUUCUUUCCUGUAACUUUUGGCUGGACAAUGCUUUGUUAAGGGAUGAUGGUUUCCUGAUCUGACCUUGGACGUGGUUGGAUCUCCCUUGUUUUGGGAAGAUUUCAUGGCUGGCAGCAAUUUAUAGGACAUUUGGCUUGAUCCUUUAGAUGCUAUGGUUUCUGUAUUUGGUUCUUUAGUUCCAUUAUGCUUGGAAGGAGUAUUGUGAAGGCAACUUCAAAGCAUGUUUUGUUUCCUUUAAAUGUCUUUUACCUUAGCAGAAAAAGAAGACCUUGUUAUAGUUUCA